AAAAAAUAUACAUAAUAUGUGCUCGAAACGUAAAUUAAAUUUUUCAUUGGAGAACGACGAUCAGCUGGAGAACAGUCCAGAAUGUGCUGCUCAAAGGAUCAAACAGCCCCUUAUUUUAAAGGAUAUUAACGCACCAAAAGAUAACGAAAGGAGUAUUUUGAAGGAUUCCAAGUUGCCUUAUCGCAGAAAUAUUUUCUCGAAGUUCGAAAAGACUUGGCAGGAGUUAAAAAAGUCUGGAACUUGCAGUAGUCAACCAAAUCCUUCCACGGACACAAGUUUCUCUACAUGCUCUCAGCUCCUGAACACCAGUUGGCCUGGAACGAAGCGACGAAGCGCUAAAGCCUUAUCCAUCGCGAUCCAUAAUUCCCCAAGGACUCCGCCCUUAAUCCCGAAUAAACAAAUCAGGCCAAUUUCUUCAUUCCAGGCCACUUGGAAUGCGUUAGUAAGCCAGUCUCCGCCUAACAAAUUUAGCAGCACGGAUUUGUCUGAGGAUAGUUAUAUUGAGUCCUCGCCAGUUACCCAACUUGUGCCAGAUGAAAGUCCAAGGCAGUACUUGUCGAGCAGCCAUAAAAAGGCCAAUCCAAAGCAAAGCCUUCGCUUCGUUCGAGGAGGAUAUGCCAAUGAGCUUCGACAAAUCCUUGCAAAUGAGCGCAUGGAUCAGCGCCAUCUCAAUAUCAUGAAAGCCACCCAUACUGGUCAAGUUUUAGCUAUAUCAGAAGAAAGUAAUCUUUCCAUUGCAUUAGUGGCACCGGAAACAGGGCCCAACUUUAAUAUUUUACUUCAAAGAGACCAGAAAUCUCUUAUUGAAGUGGGGUCUAGACUUAAGUUCUAUUUGGAUCCAAACAUUAGGCCGUUGCAAUUAAAAAACCAACAAUUGGUCUAUUGUCGCCCUUACAAUGUAAGUGUGUUAUAGUUAUAAGCACAUAUUUAAUGUGAAGCUUAAUGUAAAAAGCAGUUUAAAUAUACGUAUAUUAUAUAUAUAUAUAUUUCUGUAUAUCAAUAGUAUUUAUAAGGACGGUCGUUAAAGCCAAUAGAGGCACACUUUGUUAAGCCACGCACAUAUAUAUAUGGAUAUAUGUUAUAAGUCACAUUUUUCUAAUAUGUAAAU